GGCAAGUGAUUUGUUUACGCUGAAUUGCCCUAGUUUUAAAGCAUAUCGCCGCCAUACAUUUCCUUCCUGAUGGGAAGAGAAGAAAACACUUAGAUGGCAGCCACACUAGGAUUUUGACAUCUGUUUUUGCUAACAAAGAUGAAGUCACAAUCCCUGACAGUAAAGAUUGUUGUUAUGAUUUGCUUGCUGUCUAUUGAUGUGACAGAAGCGAGUAGGAUGUGGUUUUGCAAAACAGAUGAUGCCUGUCAUGCUGCUAACAUAACAACACCUUACCAGCCUAAACUACGAGCCAAAAACUGCCAGUUUAAUAAAACUCCGUAUUGUGACCGCUUCAUUACCCCCGGCUGGUACAGGUUUAAAGAUGACAUGCUGAAUCAUCCACCAGAUUUAUUUCAAUGUGGAGCUGUAUAUCCCUAUUGGCUCAAUGGAACGCUUCCAUCAAAGGAAAACGAAGAGGUUGACAGAAUCGUAUGCAAAGUUGGUUUCAGAGAGAAAUGCAUCAGAAAAGUCACUGUCAGUAUAAGACACUGUGGAUCAUUCAACGCCUACUGUCUUCCUACCUUAGGCGCGUGUUCCGAAAGAUAUUGCUUCGGUGAGAGAGAUGCUGCUUGUGAUCAAAUCAAUAGCUCUCCUCGACCAGCCACACCAUCGACGGUAACAAAAACAAUACAGAAAGUGAUGAAUGGUUCUUUAGAAAAACCAAAAGAACCAUCCAUAGAAAGCCUGCAGAAUCGACUCUUAGCUGAGAUUUGUUUAUCUGAUCCAUGUAAAUUGAACGACCUCCCUAAGAUUCCCUUUGCUGAAAACAGGGCCGUAAAUUGCAAAUAUUCGAAUUUGAUGCAAUCUUGCGACAGAGAUUUGCUCCCAGGGUGGUAUAAGGCAGAAGCAGGAGAACCAACUCUUCUUAAUAGAUGUCCAAAUGUUCUUUCUUGUGGCACUCUAUAUCCUGUUUGGAUGGAUGGUAUUCAUCCAGCUGUAAAUGAAGGUAUUGUUCAAAGACCAAUCUGUGUUUCUGCAUCCGGAUUUGGGAUGUCUCAAUCUUGCUGUCAUGAGAGAAGUCACAUAUAUGUGAGAAACUGUGGACGUUACAUGGCGUAUUGUUUGAGAUCUCUGAAUAAAUGCGAGGAGCGAUAUUGCAUGGAUGACAAUGAGACAUGCACUGAUAAUCCUGUUUUAUCAGAGGAUCCUUCUUUAUUUCAGAGCAAACAGUCCCAGGUGCCAAUUAUUGUAACAGGCGUAGUUAUGACUAUACUUAUGAUAAUUGCAACAACACUUAUAAUCAUUGUUUUCAAGAAUAGUAGAGAAACUAACUAUGAAAAACCAAAUAAACUAAUGGAUAUCAACGGAGAUUAUGAAAUAUUGCGAAACGGAUAUACAUUUUUGAAGUUCCCAGAGAAGACAACCUCAAAUGAAGAGUGUCCUCAAAGCGAAGCCCAUGUCUACUGUGUGAUAAAUGAUUUGUAUUAAAAACCUCUUCAAUGACUUCAACAGAUGAGAACUAUUUAUAUAAGUUGUAAUUGUAAUUGUCGUUGACUGAUACUUUCCAGGUAUACCAACGACGAUCGUAAAACUCUUAAUCAAAUGGAUUAACAUUUAUGUAUAAAGUCCUUAACUGUAAAGUACAUUUGCAAACAUGUUAAACUGCCUGAUAUUUAGAUAAUUCUACAUUUAGAGAGAAAAGCAUGUGCCAUCAUGAAUCAUUUACCGGAAUUUGAAAAGUCAAGUUUUUAAAUGGCAUUUAAGAUAAAUUGUCGUGUGAAAAGCUUUUCUGAUCCGUGUUUGUCCUUUUUUUGUUUUUUGUAUUUUAUAUAUUCUUUUCCAAUAAAAAUAGACAAAUUUCGGAAACUGAA